GCGCCCCACUGCUGCCCUCAGGCUGCUGCAGGGCAGCUGCGGCUGGCACCCCAACCAGGAACCGCUGCAGGAGGCAUGGGAGACCUCUGAAGAUGUCAUUCAUUUAGCUGUGGAAGGCUUUAUCAGCCCUUGCGGAGGCUUUCCCCUGCUCACAGCACUCAAGGCUGGAGCUGCAGAGGAGGAAAAUGGAGCCUGUAGAUCUUCUGGCACUUGCCUCCCUAGAAAUGAGCAGUACCACAGUCACCCUGGCUUUGCUGGCAGUCUUCCUGGUCCUGCUGUAUUGGUACUCCACAUCUGCAUUCUCCAAACUAAGCAAAGUAGGGAUCCAGCAUCCUCCACCUCUUCCUUUCAUUGGAAACCUGCUCUUUUUCCGUGAGGGUUUUUGGGAAAGCCACACAAAGCUAAUAACAGAGUAUGGACCUGUUUGUGGGUAUUAUAUUGGUCGCCAGAUGUUUGUGGUGGUCUCCUCACCAGAGAUGAUCAAGCAAAUCUUAGUGACAGAUUUUAGUAACUUCACCAACAGAAUUAAACCGAACUUGGUAUCCAAGCCAAUGCUUGAUAGCAUCCUUUGUCUUCGUGAUGACAGAUGGAAGUAUGUGCGGAGCCUCCUGACCCCAGCCUUCAGCGAUACCAAACUGAAAGAGAUGACACCACUGAUAAAUCAGGCCUGUGACAUCCUGCUGUGUAACUUGAAGGUCUAUGCAGACUCUGGCAAAGCUUUUGAUAUCCAGAGGUGUUACAACUGCUUUACCUUGGAUGUUGUUGGUAGUGUAGCUUUUGGUACUGAGGUGGAUUCUCAGAAAAAUCCUGAUGACCCCUUUGUUAAGAAUUGCAGAACAUUCUUUGAAAUGUCUUUGUUUAAGCCUCUUUUCAUUCUAAUCCUUUCUUUUCCAUUCAUAAUGAUCCCAUUGCUACGCAUUUUUCCCACCAAGAAACAAAAGGAACUGAAUGGAUUUUUUAUCCAAACCAUAAAAAAUGCAAUUGUCUACAGACACCAGCAAGAUGCAGCUGAGAGGCGCAGAGAUUUUCUCCAGUGGAUGCUCGACGCCUGCGACUCAGCCGACUCCCUGGCAGCCGGGUGCUGGGAUGUGCCCGGCCCAUCUGCCGCUCUCAGACAGGAUGAAGCGCCUCCGGCUGGCACGGCCCCAUCUGAAAAGGCUCAGAAGAUGCUAACAGAGGAUGAGAUAGCAGGCCAGGCUUUCCUGUUCCUGAUCGCUGGGUAUGAGACCACCACGAGCACGCUGUCCUUCGCCACCUACUUGCUGGCCACCAACCCAGAAUGCCAGGAGAAGGUGCUUUGGGAGGUCGAUGAGUUCUUUGCAAAACAUAUGGUCCCUGAUUACCAAAAUGUACAAGAACUCCCUUAUCUGGACAUGGUGAUUGCGGAGACAUUGCGCAUGUACCCACCUGCAUUCAGGAUAGAUAUAAUGUGGCCUGUUGAAGGAAAGCUGGAUAAUUCUGGUAUUUCUAAUGCACAUUUUUACAGUGAAUUGUCCAAGGUUGCUUCCUCACCAUUCUUCACAUCCCCCAAGAUGGUCCCUGAUUACCAAAAUGUACAAGAACUCCCUUAUCUGGACAUGGUGAUUGCGGAGACAUUGCGCAUGUACCCACCUGCAUUCAGGUUUACAGAGGAGGCCAAGAAGGAACGACAUCCUUUUGCAUACCUGCCAUUUGGGGCAGGACCCCGUGGCUGCAUUGGCAUGAAAAUGGGUUUGUUGGAGACAAAAAUGACUCUGCUGAGGAUUUUGCAGAAGUUUCAAUUCAAGGCCUGCCCAGAGACUGAGAUUCCUUUGCAGCUCAAAUCAAAAGCCACACUUGGACCAAAAAAUGGAGUCUACAUUAUGCUGGAAUCUCGCUAAAAGCAAAUACACAUCCUGAAGCUUUCUGGAAUGAAA